AACAUGUCACAUUGUCAUUUGUAUUGACGUGUAAACCGGACUGUCAAAAUCGUGCAAUAAUUCCAUUUGUUUCCAAAGAAAUAAAUAAUGAGAAGGAAAAAAUAAAGGGAAAGUGUACAAAUUACGUUGAAUGUGGUUAAUUUAUUUAUUUUUAUAUAUAGAGGACUAUUAAAGUAUAUAAAAAUGGUGUUAAUGACUAUGAUCGCCCGGGUCGUAGACGGGCUGCCUCUAGCAGCAACAAUGCAAGAAGAUGAACAGAGCGGCUGCAAUAUCCUGGAGUAUCAGAACCAAGCCAAAAUGCUGUUUAGGAAGUUAAGUCCACAGUCUCCCGUUCGCUGCUCCAUUGAAACUGGCCCUUAUCUGUUCCACUAUUUGAUAGAGAAUGAAAUAUGUUACCUGGUGCUCUGCGAAAGGAAUUACAGUAAACGACUAGCGUUCAGUUAUUUAGAGGAAAUCGCACAAGAGUUCUAUCAGCAGUACGGCAAAAGGGUUAACACAGUAACCCGCCCUUACACGUUCAUCGAGUUCGACACGUGGAUGCAGCGCGCUCGCAAGCAGUACGCGGAGGGCGGAGCCCGAGCCCGCCGCGCGGGGGGCGCCGCCGCACAACUCGGCGGGCAGCUGGGCGACGUGCAGCGCAUCAUGAUGCAGAACAUCGACGACGUGCUGCAGCGCGGCGCGGUGCUGUCCGAACUGGACACGAAAACGCAGAACUUAUCAAUGAUGUCGCAGAAAUACAAGAAAGACGCGACAUACCUCAACACCAAGUCGAUGCUGGUGAAAGCGACCGCAGGCGCAGUGGUGCUGCUUGUGUUCGUGUUGUACUUCUGGAUAUUGUAGGUUCGAUAAACGUCAGUGGAUUUGUAGACGAGUUGGAUUUUGUAUGAAUUAAUUAUAUAAUAUAGGUAUAUACAUAAUGGUAUUUUUUUACAGCACAUGGGAAUUAGCGUUUGACUAUGUUUCGUUUUUUUUUUUCUUAAAAACUGCUUCUAGUCUAAAAUUUAUAAGUGUCAUGUUAAUACAUGCUUGUUUAUAAAAAAAUUCUAGCAAUCCACUGACUUAGUGAAAGAUACAUAUAGUAUAAUUUAUGGUUUUUCUCAUUGACUGAACCUAAAUUUAUCCUAAAUGAUGUUAAGGAAAGUUUUUAAAUGCAUUCCAUCAAUACACCUACGGUUUGUUUCACAAAUGAUUAUUUUGCAAUAUUGACAACAUUUAAAAUUUAUAUAUGGGCUGAUGAUGAUGAUGAAAAAAAGACAUAGAUUUAACGUAAUCAAUAAGUAUUAAAAAUAGUAUUUUUAAUAUCUACAAACUUCAUUGAUAUUUUAUUCAAUAUUGAGACAAAAUCUCAUUGUUACUAAAACAAACUGUAUAUAAUUUCUUCUAGAUUGUAGAACAUUCUGCCAAAAUUGUAGAUAAAUUAUAAUUUAUUAUUAGUAAUAUUAUUUUCCACGAAAGAAUCUACUAAAGAUAAAAAAAUAUGUUACAAUAUUUACUAUCUUAAAGUUGUAUAUACUACAAUUUUUUUUUUUUAAUUUUGAUUCCAAAAAAUUGUUACUGUUUGAACAUUUUGCAAUAUAAUCAUUUGUCUUGACCAUUAAAUAAAAGAAAUAUAAUUAAGUUGACAAAGCACAGCGCAAGUUGCAGAAAAAUGGCUUGAUGGUGCAUGUAUCCCAAUUAUUUUUAUAUCCUGCAGAGGGUGGGGGAAUGUUGUAAAUGUUUACAUCUCUUGUUAUUAAAUAUAUUUAUUUAAGAUAUAAUAAAUGCCUUCUUUUCAAA